AUGCCUUUGUCUCCAGCCGCGCAGGAUCUGCAGUUCGUCAAACUGCUCGCUCCAUCAACCUUCAGACAUUUGUUGCCACAGAGUCCGACCGAUUCUGAGCUUCCAAAGGGUAAGAGAGUCAACUCUUCUCGGAUUGUGGACAGUGGGCACGAGGGGAGCGACGAUCCCAGUCAAGAUUCUGCUCAAGACGCAUCCAGCCCUCUCGCUGCUGAGAUCAGAGCUGCACAAGGUCACGAGGGAGUCAAUGUUGCCAGCUCCUCUUCGCCAUUCUCGGUGGGAGUUGACUCUUUGGACCACCAAUACAUGAGUGACAGCGACCUCAUCGAGGAGACUUUCCGUCAAGCUCAAGGAUAUUCCAAGCUACCAGCUGCCACNAAAAGAGCCUGGGAAACUGAGCGAGCAAACACUCUCUUUCAAGAAGGCAAAUCAAAGCACUUUGAAUGUUCAGAGCAUCUUCUGAGCGGCAAAUCAUGUUCGACUCUCCAGGAGUACCUCCCAUCAAGAACAGCAGCGCGUCCGGUUAUCUCUUGUUUCUUUGGCCACAACAAGCGUGAGUGGAACCAAAUUAUCAAGAGCGUCCGAGUCUUUCUAUGCAGAAAAUGCUACCAGCGCCACGAACACAAGCUUCACCCGCGCUUGGCUUCGAUACAGCUACCUCUUUGCAGAGAGUUGGCCGACAGACUCGAAAGAUGGCGUCCUGGCUGUCUUUUCAAAGUCAAGCUGACCAAAGCUAUGGAAGAGAAGGUGGCGAGGUUUGAGAAGAAAAUGAAGACCGAAGGAUCAAUCAGACAAGAUGCGGCAGCAGAGAUUGAUGCAGAAGACUUGGAAGACCAGACCUCGGAUGUUAUGAGGGCCACGAACACGCCUGUGCUCUUCGCCAUCGAACUCGAAAACCGCUUUGGUGGUAACAACAAGACGGCAGAAGAAGUUCGCGCUCUUUUCGAUUGGCUGCAAACCAAAUUGAUGGGUGGCACCAUUGAGAAUCUCCCGGCCUUCGAGGCUUUACUUCAUGUUCGCACACAGGACAUAGAGCAAAUGCAGGUCCAACAGAAACGCCGACCCGCACUCAAGAAAGCCUUACUCAUGAAGAUGCCAGCUGAACUUGCUUCUGCUUCACGUCGAACCACGGAGCCAGAGGGUACACCCACAUAUGUGCCUUCCAAACGCACCUCAUCAGAAACACUGAAUACUGCUGAUGGACCCGAUGAUGCUCGUCCCAAGAUUGUCCUCAAGUUGGGCAAAGGCAAGAAGCGAAAGCAUAAUAACAAAAUCGAAGAAGAAGCUGCUUCUGCCAAGAAGGCAAAACUCACAGAGUCAGGCGAUGGAAUCAAGGAUGCUGAACCGCACUUGCCUGUUGAAGUUGUCGCAGAUGAGCAUACAAUCGAGGUCGACAGAAACGAUCCAGCCUCGGCACCUGAGGCACAAGAAGUGGAAGCCACAGACGGCAGCACGCACUUGACAUCCUUGACUUUCAGCGACAUCAAGUCCGUCGCCACUGCACCAUCCUCUUGA